AACGGCGAUCAUUAUGAAGUACGUACGCUACUGCGUGGUGAAUCUCGCUGGCUUCGAUAGCUCACUGUCUCUGCAUUCUCAUCAACACCGUCCGCCAAGAUAAAUUUCCAUCAUGCCGAAGUGCAUAAAAAUGGAUCGUUUUCGAUACAUAAGCUCUGAAGCUUGGCGAGCCUUAACUGCUAUAGAAAUGGGUCUCAAAAAUCAUGAAGUUGUUCCUCCUGAGUUGGCACUCAAAAUCUCGCAUAUUAAACGCAGUUGUGCAGGUUUCAUUCGCUUAGUUCAAGAGCACUUAAUUCCAUAUAGUUUGGUUGCUUAUGAAACAGAUAAUAGACAUUGUAAGUGGAUUCUGUGAUGAUCAUGAUCUUAUUUGAAAGCUACUUUUACAGCCAAUUAGUGAUUUUUUUCUUAAAUCACUGACUGUCCGUAACUGUUGCUAGCAGUGAUAUUCGCGAUACUGAGGACUAACUGUUCUUUCUUUGGUUGUAGCAACAAAAGGAUAUCGCCUUACUAACAUGGGAUACGAUUACCUUGCUUUAAAUCAGUUUUUCAAAUCCGAACAGCUGAGUAGCUUGGGUACAAUGGUCGGUGCAGGAAAGGAGUCAGACGUCUACAUAGGCACUGCCGGUGGACGCUGUGGUCAGACUUCAGAUGAAUCAGAGGGCCCUUCAGAAGGGCUUCCGCUAGAAGGGGACUUAGUUAUUGUAAAGUUUCACAGGCUUGGAAGGACAUCUUUCAGAAAAGUGAAGAACAAAAGGGAAUAUCAUCAACACAGAAAUAAGUGCUCUUGGCUGUAUUUGGAUAGAUUAGCGUCCAAACGAGAAUUCGAGAUGAUGCAGGGUCUUUAUAAUAAUGGUGUUCCUGUUCCUAUGCCAUAUGCACAUAAUCGGAAUGCUGUAUUAAUGUCUUAUGUGAAAGAAAGUUCGCCGUUAUACAGGCUACUUCCAGUUGUUUUGAGUUCUAACGAAUCUGCUAUCGCACGGGCUUUGUAUUACCAAGCGAAGGAUAUCCUAGAAAAAAUAGCUGGUCUGGGCCUUAUUCAUGGGGAUUUCAAUGAAUUCAAUUUGAUGGUUACCGGUUUGGACUCGACACCUAAUGAGAAAGGGGAUAGCAACCCGAAACUUGUCCUUAUUGAUUUUCCACAAAUGAUCAGUCGUGACCAUAAAUUAGCUAAGAGUAUUUAUGAACGCGAUGUAGAGGGCGUUGUUAGCUUUUUCAGUCGAUAUUUUGAAAUUCCAUCGGAUGAUUUGCCGUCUUCCCUUGAUACGAUUAAACGUACUAGCGAUAUCGACGUACAGUUGAAAGCUCCAGGCUAUAUUUCCCGCAAUAAUAAUAAUAACCAUCGUCGAGCGCGGCACACAGUUGACGAUUCGCUGUUGGGCACUGUCGCUCGACUACAGUUGUCAUCAUCAGAAGAAGAAAGCGAAAGCGAAAACGGUGAAUCCGAGUUGGACAAUACUGAUUCCGCUACAGAUGAAGAAUCAAAAUCUGAAAGUGAUAACGAACAGAAAUCUGAGACUGAAGAAGAGUCAGAGUCCGAAAGUGAUGAAGAAUGCGAUACAGAUAGUGUGAAACAUUCGAAUACACAAAAUGAUACUGAUGUGCGAAUUAUGAAGACUAAAACCGCACCAUCUGUAAUUACAGUUGACGAGAUUCGUGAACGUCAACGUCGCGAGAGAAGACGUCAAAAGCAGAUUGACUUCAAUCGUCAAUUAAAGCGGCACAAUCGUGCUGCUAUGAAACGUCAGGGUCGUCUUAAUAUGAAAGCAGAAACUAUACUUUUUGGAUGAACACAUGACAUAUAUAUAUUUCACAAAUUACGCAGUUUUCAGAAGAUAUUUUACAUUGUUGUUGUAUAUAGUAUUAUUUUCUACCAGUGAUUCAGAUUGCUGUCCAGUCCACACUCACAAAACGCAUCUCUCGUAUUCUGUGGAGGCUGUGCAUAAUUGCAGAUUUUCUGCUUGUAUUAUGCGUGAUUGAUUUACUCUCCUCCUGAUGUUUAGCAUCUUUAUAUUUGUGCUGUACAUAACUGACUUUUGAUAAAUUAAUUUACCUCUUUUUCUUGCGGGAAACUGACUUACCGUGAUAUUUGGUACUUAUGGAAUAAAUUAUAUAAUUAAAUGAUAGUUUUUAUUGUUACUUGAAUCCAUGAGAAAGGUGAAUUAAACCUGUAAAAAGCAUGUGCAGGGCUAUUUGUCGAAGACUG